AUGUCCGACAGAAAGUUGCAUUUGACCGCGAAGAAGGCCGAUAUUCAAGGUGUGCAAUUGUGUACAGUUCCGACCACAGAAUACGGCAGCUUAUCUUCCAUCUGCCCUCGACGCAAUUUUGAUAAAUCGCGGUUGAGAAAAUCAGCGUGGAUUAUUUCAUGUAUAUAAAGGCUUUUUUACACUAUCAAAGAUUUUUUUCUCUGUUGGUGUUGUGUACCACGUGAAUAAGAUGCUUGUGAUGUUACUCUGAGUGUAUAUCCACACCGGGCAGGCUUGAAAAAUAUGCCUGGCCACGGCGGGAAUCGAACCUACGACCUUUGGCCAGGCAUAUUUUUCAAGCUUGCCCGGUGUGGAUAUACACUCAGAGUAACAUCACAAGCAUCAUAUUCACCUGAGAACAUUACACCAACACAGAAAAAUCAUGAUUAUUAGAUUACAUUGGUAUCGAAGGAACUAGAUUCGGUUCCGAAAUAUCACAUACUUGAACCGACCUGACCGCGUAGCUCAAUUGGCAGAGCAUUGGGCUAGUAUUCCAAAGGUCGUAGGUUCGAUUCCCGCCGUGUCCGGGCAUAUUUUCAAGCUUGCCCGGUGUGGAUAUACACUCAGAGUAACAUCUGACAAGCAUACUAUCAAAGUUUCUGUGAUCACAGUAGGAAUUUUGCAUAGGUAAAUCAGUUCUAAGUUUUAAAGGAUUUGUAAGAUGUUUGCCAGUGAGGGAACUGUCGAACUGACUUAUAGUUAAACGAUGAUUCGAUAUUUUUCUAGAUUCGAUAUUUCUAGAUUCGAUUUCCCAAAGAUAUUUCUAGAUUUUGUUAAAUGUUUCCUCGUCCGAACCCAAAAUUCUUGACGUCAUUCUCCAAGUGGUAUUCCAGUAUUACUUCCUGUAAAAAAUGUACGCCUUUCCGACGUAUAUACCCGCAUGACUCAAGAUACUGGAAUAGGAGUGAUGCAUUCACUGAAUUUUGAAAAUUUUCCAAAAAAAUAUCUUUAAAGAAGAACUGUUAAAAUUGCUCGUUUGUCAACUUGAUUUCUGUGAUCACCGUAGAAAUUUUGCAUAUGGGUGAAUUCUAAGUUUUGAAGAAUUUGUCAGAAACGCCAGCAAACAAUUUUGACAAAGACACUUGUCUUUUUUUAAAUACUGUCUGAUUCAGAAGUCCCAAACUGAAAGCAUUAACUUCUUUUCACGCGUGUAACUGUGACAUUCUCGCUUUUUCAUAUAUUCCUGCAUCUUUUGUGUGUGUCAGUGAAUAUACGGGCAAGCUGAACAGUUUGGCUGAUCACGGGGUGGGAAUCGAACGCGCGACCUUUGGGAUACUAGUCCAAUGCUCUGCCAACUGAACUACGAGGUCAAGUCGGUUCGAGUUUGUGAUAUUUCGGAACUGAGUCUAGUUCUUCGAAAUCAGUCAAUACCUACUUUUUGUUUUAAAAUACAUCAUAUUUCAGAAUACAUUGAUAUCGAAGGAACUAGACUCGUUCCAAAACGACGGAAAUGUCACUAACUCGAACCGACUUGACCUCGUAGCUCAGUUGGCAGAGCAUUGGACUAGUGUCCCAAAGGUCGCACGGGCUCGAUUCCCAUCGUGGUCAGGCAAACCUUUCAGCUUGCCCGGUGUGGAUGCAAGAAUUGAACCUGCGGACCGGCGACAGGGAGACAGUUGUCGAGCUCUAACCAUAAGUUUAUGUAUAAAUGCUACUAAGGCGAUCACGAUGCCAAUGUAUGGCCUAUGGGAAAAAAUAUUUUUGAACGGAUUUGUGUAUAUGGGCAUGGCAAUUUCGAGUGGAAUUAGCAUUCAUCUUCAUAUGUAAAAUAGAGUGAAGUAUUUAAUAUCCUGUUUGUAGAACAUGCUAAAAUUCUAUAGAAAGGCCAAUUUACACUAUACACAACUCUUGCCUAAAACUGUCGCAUGCAACCUGCUUACAACUUGAGUUGUACUGUGUAAAUCAGUCACACAACUCACCCACGACACUCGUAGACUAGUUGUAUGCUUCAUUCACACGGGUCAACUCGAGUUGUAAGCAUGUUGCAUGCGACAGUUUUAGGCAAACGUUGUGUAGUGUGAAUUGGUCUUAAAACUAGUGUUGUCAAAUUGAACUGGCCCUAUAUAGAAAGCGUGCAUGUGGUACAAUGAUACCGAGGAAUCGUGUAUCACAACUAUGAAGAAAUAUUAUUGGUAAAUCUUCAAAUUUGGAAAUACGCUUCUGUAAAACAACAUGUAAUCAUGACAAAAUUACAGAUAAUGUCGAAUAUAGCACAUAAUCUCCCGAGCUUUACUAUGUAUAAAAAUUUUGUUUAAUACGUGAUGAACUUGAAAACAUGAUGCGGCAAUUAAGGCCAAAAAUAAGGGAGGAAACUCAUUAAGAAUAUAUAAUUUCAUUCCAUUGAAACUGUGAAAUAAUGGCGAGUAAUGCUUCCUAUAAUUUCAAAACACCGAUACAUGCUUUCAAUGUCAAUGACACGAGCUUCCCUUAAUUAUGUAAAUUCCUUUUUUGCCUUUUGAAUAUAUUAAAAUGGAAUGAAACAAUUGUCUGCUCGUCGAUUACUUUAAAGCUUGCCUUAACGAUUCUCUUAAUGUUUUAAUCGCUUUACAACGAGACACGGACGAGCUCGGAACGGCUGUACGUAUGCAGUUUUAAUGAAGGGUUUGGGAAAACGCCGGUCUGAUUAGAAUUUACAUAACUUCAAAUACAGUUACAGACGGAUAGCCGAGAAUACCUUUGUUUCGUUAAUUGUGAUAACGACAGAAACUCGUUCUUAAAAGACGCAUCGACGUGCAAUAUAUCUGUUAGGAAACAAGCAAAGAUCGACUAUCGUUGAACGGUCAUUUUACAAAGAAAGGUAAGCUAAAUUUAGUAUUGUCGUUAGAUAUAGCCCUUCAAAUAGUGAUACUUCGUUUUCGUAUGAAGACUGUUUGAAUGUGGGGAACCCGACCGCAUGCACGAGUUUCGCACCUAUAGUAAAUAUAGUACAUUUACUAAUAGAUUUGUGAAUCUGAUUUAUGAAACUGUCAACAAAAAUGUAGCAAGCAACGGCUGCAUGGUUUGCUAAUGUAGUACGAUAAGUCAAACGAGAUUUCUCUGGUGUUUACACAAAAGCAUAUUUUUACGUUGUUUACAGUAUAUGUGGGAAGCUGCAGUCGGGGACGCGACAUUCGUAAUUUAUAAAUGACAGCAAAUACGAUGUUUUGAAUAAUGUUCCAAUAUAUCUGACUUAUCUACUCGAUCAGUGGACUAUAUGACUAUUCCGAAACCUAUAUAACAAAUUCCUAUAAUCUGAGCAAAUGAACGAACAAGAGUACGGGAAUUAUAUUUAAAAGAGCUAUAGCAAUUACGUAUGUAGAGAGUGAACAACACGCGCGCGAAGGAAGAUGAUCUUCGAUGAUGCGGUUCCAAAUCUUUCCGCAAAAAAUUCUUCGCAUCGAAAAUAGGGUUGGCGUUAAUAUCAGAGGCGAUUUCACGGCUUCGUACUUUCAACGACAGCCAUUUUUAUUCAGGCUCCACGCUUUGAAACGCCGCUGUGUGCGUGGUUGUUUCUGUCAAAACAUACAUUUGACAUGAGGCAGGAUUAGGCAGAUACAUUCUAGAUCGAGUGAUCGAUAUAGAAUUCGAACAGCGCGCGCAAGGAGAUUUCAACCAGAAUAUUCUGAGGCGAAUAGCAUCCAUCAAGUGCCCGUAUACAAGGCACUUAGUAACUGAUAGGCCUACACUACAAAGGCUUGUGUGAUUUCGCGAACCACGUCAGAUGACGGUUCUACACUAUCAAAGUUUCUGUGAUCACAGUAGGAAUUUUGCAUAGGUAAAUUCUAAGUUUUGAAGGAUUUGUAAGAAAUGUUUCUGGAAACUUACUCAGAGUUAAACACUGUAUCAGUUUCCUCAAACAUUUCUUACAAAUCAUUCAAAACGUAGAAUUUACCUACGCAAAAUUCCUGCUGUGAUCACAGAAAUCUUGAUUGUGUAGAGCAGACUUAAAAUACAGUUGACGCACCGUGUUCUAGCGUGCAAGAUGUGUUGGUGAGAAUAUUUCGCGGGCUUCAAUGUGGGUCUGAACUUGUUUUCUCGAUUGCUUAAGGCCUUGGUUUCCAUGGUCGUAAAGAGUCACGAUCUUUCUCAACGGCCAGUUUAUAAUAGUUUAUACCUGUAAACCACAUAUAAAUCAUAAGUAUUCUCUAGUUUUUAUCACUCCGCGCUGUACUUUCAGUCCAGUCAAAUGUUCGGUAUUUCGGCUGAUGAGAAAGAUCGUGACUCAAUCUUUACGACCACUACAUGAAAACCAGGUCAGUUCAUCGAUGCUACAGGUUCGAAUCGAGCUUCAGGGCUCAUGGUUAUGUUGACAAAACAAUGUUUGACAAUCUAGGGUUUUACUGUGGAGAAUAUAUGGCCUACAAUCUUCAAUUAUUAAUGAGCAAGCACUGGAAAACGAAAGAUUGAUUCGAGUGCAUAUAGAAAUUUGUGAUAAUGUAAGUUUUAAAAAAGCGGCAUGCGACUGACCCAGAAAUACGUGCACGCUGUUUCGUUUUCCCUUGCAUGUUAAGUCAAGAGGUUUAAUUUAAAAUGCAAACUUUAGAGUAUCUCUUGAGAGCUUGCCAUUCUCAUAUAUGUCGGUACUUAAAAACAUUUCCGCGUAGAAUAAUCAGGAUUAUUAAGUCACGAACAUUCCAAAAUGGAAAGCUGGAAAAAAAGGCGGUUCCAAAACAGCUUUCGGCUUAUAUUGGCCUUCUCCACAACCAUCCCCAAAGAUAUAAAACAGCGGCGAAGAGCACUCACUGUCAAACUUCUGCUUGUAUUUAACUUUAUAGGUAUAUACCCUGUUGUAUCUCAUGCAAUCGACAGUUUCUUGUCAACGAAUUUUCCCCUUUACUCUGCAGUGUAAGAAUAAUAUGAAUGAACUAUAUAUACAAUAUAUAUAAUAACUAUAUAUAGCUUAAGUUUUUGGUUUACAAAAAAACAAACAGUGCUCAAUACCAUAUAGAUAGAGCGUCAUAUAGUUUUUCCUUUUACCUCAAAAAAACCACAAGGUAAAACGAAAACAUAUAGACAUAGUUUUUCGUUUUACCUCAAAAAAAAAACACAGGUAAAACGAAAAACUAUAGUAUAAUAACUGCAUAUAAAUAUAUUUUUGCUAUAUUGGCCUUUCUAGAAUAUUAUAAUUUCUUUUUCAGUUCAUUACUUUCUGCUUGAAUUUUGCAUGUUUUUAUGAGCGUUAAUUUGAACUCAGUACAAGCUGCAGUAUACGUUUGAAACGCACUCCGGCAAUCAUGUCUUUGAAAGCUAAGCCUUAUAGGUGUAUGUAAAAAUGAAGUCAGCGUUUUUGGGUUAAAUUACGUGACGCGGAAAUAUUUUUUCUCGUGAGCAUAUAGAGUAUAAGAAUGAAAAUCGCAUUUGAAAAGCUUGAAAAACUAGUCUCCGUCAAGCCUUCGUAAAAUAAACCUCAGACAAUUUCAAGUUGUGUCCGCGGGAAAUUUAUGGGCCUAAAACUAUGGUUCAUUUUCAUAUAAUUCCUUCAAAAAUCUUUUUGCUAUUUCAUAAGCAAUAUAUACUUUCUUUAUACAGUACGGCUAAAGGCAAAUCCAAUCCCCUAUCAAACCAUGUUAUUACUCCUCAAUAACAAAGCUUUUCGCUAAAAGAAAUAUACGUAAUCAUUGUAAUGCACGUAAGCGAGCUUCACUUAUCUAUAAAAUCAAUCAAUAGAAAAAUUUCACGCGUCUGCGAAUACGAAAAUGACCUAUACUCUAUAUAUAGCUCAAUGAAAACUUCAUUUUUUUUUUUCAACAUAAUUUCUGUCGGCUAGCGUACAUAUAAUGUAAUGACUAAUGAUAUAAAAAUACAUGCAAAUAGAUUGUUUCAUUCGCUGCAACAGACCAAAAUAUAUAAAUUUUUAAAUUUCAUCAAGGAUCAGUAGUCAUUUAUUGACAAUAAUGACAGCAGGGUUCCAGCUUUGCGUCAACAGACGAAUUUGCUCCCCACGUGCAAUAAUGACAGCAUUCAGGCCGAAAAUAAUACUACCCUUUAUUUAUAAUACACGUAAACUUCUUUAUACUUUGACAAAGAACAUAAAGCCCUUUUAUUUGUGCGAGUUUUAAGCCUAAAAUGACUGCCAAAAUAAGUCGAAUUAUUCUAGCUGUUGCGAAGUUGCCCAAAAUAGACCAAAGCAAUAAUUCAAUUGUAAUACGGCUAUAUUUUAUAGUCAAUUUCAACUCUUUAUAUUUUAAGAACGGCUCAUAAAAGCCCUUCCGUUUGUGACUAUAUCUUUUAGUCUCGAAAGGUCUUGUUCAAAAACAGAAUAAUUAUUCAAAACGCGGUUUGCCAUAACAUAUGCAUAUGCGAUAUAGAAUUAACCCUUUGUCUCAAAACGGAUUUGUGAAGUUUAUCAACCUCAUUAGCGCAUAAGAAUUAAUGAAAACACGAAAGAUUUCGUCGUCCGUAAAAACAAGUCUCAGAAUAACUGUCUGAGCCAAUUCAAAAAUCUGUCUUUCUCGCACGGCUAAGAAUUCUGGGAAAAUUGAAAACAGAUCAAGAUGUUUUUGACACACUGUCAUUGUUUGGGGAAUGUUGUUUUGAGAUCAUAUUAUAGUUUUCUUCAUCAAAUAUUUACCAAGGAUUAUUGAACGGGAGACAACGCGAUAAUAAUGAUAUGAUUUUGGGAAACAGCUGCGGGACUGCUGUGGUCUCUAUAUGUACAGCUGGAGUAAUAUAUUCAGUACAGAGCUUGUAUUCACACCUCUUAAACACCUCAACAGUUAAAACUAAUAAAUAUACUUUUCCCUUGGUUUUAUAUGACUAUAUUCAAAUUCCUAAGUUUUUUAUACGUUUCUCCAGCGGCAAACAAACUUAAAAAGUAUGUGCUUUAUCUCAGUAAAAUUAUACUAAAAUGUUAAAUGAAGAGAUAUUAGAUGGUACGCCAAAGUCAAAGAGAAAAUGAUAUCUGAAGAUCAGUAAGUUUUGCCGCUUAUAUUGCUGUAUAAAAAUGGCGCCAAUUUUACAGCAUCAAUUAUAAUUGCAUUUAAAUUACUAUUAUUUUGUGUUUCUCAAACGCCAGAUACAUUUAAAAAGGCUGCCAACUGUCUAAACUAUAAAAAAAGUUACAUUGCAUGAAUAAUUUAUGCCUGUAUAUGCAUUGUACACCGAGCUUCGUAUGUCCUUAGAAAUAGACUUUACAUCCCUGAGCUGCUAACACUAGCAACCAUUUUGGUAAAUUACGCCAACCUAUCAAAUCCGUUUGCUAUUCCAGAGCCGGAUUAACGCUUCGCGUGGCCAGUGACGUAUUAGACAGAUUUAGAUCGAGGACGCGGACGUCAAAGACGACGUGAAAAUGGCGUCAAAAUGGCGUGGUAUACCCGUACAUGGGCACAACACGCCAUUUUCACGUCGUCUUUGAUGUCCGCGUCCUCGAUCUAAUCUGUCUAUUACCCCCAACGGCUUUUAAACACUGAAUUCAAAUUCAACUUGAAAAUGAUGCACGCUGUAGCAUCGAAACGUCGUUUAAUAAAUCACAGUUUAAUAUAGACUGUGAAUAAAUGUAAUGUCGCUAUCAUUUGUUUCAAAAUUAUUUUGAAUUCAAAAAAGAUUCAAAAAUAUCCUCUUGUAUUCCAUGCGUUGAAAAGUUGCCUUUGUAUUUACAAAAAAAUAGAAAUAUAAUAUACAUCAGUAAGUUGAACUAAAUGCAAUAAUAUCAGCAAUAAUAUCAUAUGACAAAUACUAACCUGAAAGUUUAUACCUACUAUACGCAUUAUGUUUGGUUGGGCUCCGCGCCGAAACAGGGAACGGAAGAUCGAAAAGAGUAUAAGCGAGGGACGCCUACGUACUCUACCUUCAAAACUGCGCAUAAAUGAAUAGAAUAACUGCAAUGUAACUUUCAACGAGUGGAGUUUCACCGUUUUUGGUGACAUAAUAACACCUAUCGAGUUGAUUGAGAACUUCUUGAAAAGUACAAUCUUUCAUAAGGUCACGUAGCAAUAAUAAUUUUCAUGACCCCAUGACGCAAAUUGAAAUGGCUCAUUCACGUAACAAAAUAUCAUUUCAUUCCCAUCAAAACGAAACUAACCUUAUUUUCCCCAUUCUUGCAAGCAGAUACAGCUUUCGAAAUGAAGUCCAUGUUUCUGGCGCUCCUUGGAACGAUUCUUCUUGGUAUUAUAGACCACGGUAGGUGACUAAACUAAGAAUAAUAUUAGGGCUAUUAGAUUACUCCGACCGGUUGUAUGUUGUAUAUGAGAGGCAAUGGCAGAGGUAAAUAGUAAACUACGCUAUACUUACAUGUAGUGUGAAAGUCAACUAAUUAAAAUCGCGUUUUACAAGGUCAAAACGUAUAGUUCAUGAAACCGGCCGCAGUAUUUCAUAACUUACUUUAUUUAUACUGGAUAGCUCUAUCAGUUCUAAAAUGUUCUUACCAGAUGUCCAGUAAGGAUCGUCUCUUAUAUUGAUCUAGCGUUACUAUAAGAGAAAACCUAAACUAACUUUAUUUAUACUGGAUAGCUCUAUCAGUUCUAAAUUGUUCUCCCUAGACGGUCAAGUAAGGAUAAUCUGUUAUUGAUCCAGUAUUACCUUUAGAGGAAACCCAAACCAACUUUAUUUACACUGGAUAGUUCUGUCAGUUCUAAACUGUUCUCCCUAGAGGUCCAGUAAGAGUCACCUCUUAUUGAUCCAGUGUUACCACAGGAGGAAACCUAAACUAAAUUAACAUUUAUACUGGAUAGUUCUAUCAGUUCUAAACUGUUCUCCCUGGAGGUCCAGUAUGGAUCAUCUCUCAUUGAUCCAGUGUUAGUGCAGGAGGAAACCUAAACUAAACUAACUUUAUUUAUACUGGAUAGCUCUAUCAGUUCUAAACUGUUCUCCCUGGAGGUCCAGUAAGGAUCAUCUCUUAUUGAUCCAGUGUUAGUGCAGGAGGAAACCUAAACUAAACUAACUUUAUUUGUACUGGAUAGUUCUAUCAGUUCUAAACUGUUCUCCCUGCAGGUCCAGUAAAGAUCAUCUCUUAUUGAUCCAGUGUUACCACAGGAGGAAACCUAAACUAAACUAACAUUUGUACUGGACAGCUCUAAAUUGUUAAUUAUUCUCACUACAGAGGUCCAGUGAGGGUCAUCUCUCAAUCUCAAACUCAAUAAUUCAUGAGUAAAUUAGCCAACCAUAUUGCUUUAUUUUGCUCACAUGAUAAUACUGGAAUACCUGGAUCAAAAUUAAUUCAGUCCAAGGACUGGAUCAAAAUUAAUUCACCUCACUUUAGAUAGUGAUUUAUUAGUCAUUCAAAUCCUCCAAUUCGGACUAGACUAGAUUUCAAGUGCCCGCAUUUUGUUCCAGUCCCCGGCUUUGCCUCGGGUUUGAUCAAAUUACGCGGACUUGAAAUCUAGUCCAGUCCUCGGAUUUGAAAUAUUACUUCUUACAUGCAACCGAUGUGAAAUUAUAAUCGGAAUCAAACCCCAGGCGCAGAAAUCACAAACCACUAAUAUACUGUGCAAUAUCUAAUAUCAAGGCAUUUUUUAAUACCAUGAACUGGUGGGGCAUUUGCCCCACUGGGCCCCUUCCUCUGCCCCACCACUGAAGAAAAGAAAUGGCCUAUCGCCCCAAAGCCAGGACUCUAGGACCUGCAUUGAGUAAAUGAGCUUAACAUUGAAAGGAAGUUUAAAAAACAAAAUUUUUUGGUGAGCAUGUUUAUAGCAUGCAAUUUAUUACAAAUUUCACCAUUAAAACUUUGUUUCGAGAAGCUGAGAUUUUUUUAAAAUGUGUUCUCAGAAUGCAGGAAGUGCUAUUUCAGAGACCCAAAUUUUAAAAAUGUCCUGGGGACAUGCCUCCCAGACCCCCCUAGCUAACUCGCGCCGGUGGUACUUGCCUUACACCUUCGGCGAUCGCAUACUAUCCAGGGGGGAGGGCGAAAAAAAUGGGCCCUUAAGCAGUUUUGCCCCACCACUGAAGAAUCCUUAAAAAAUGCACUGUCUAAUAUAUGGAUUGAAUUUCUCCAAUAGGAAACAGUGAGCCUUAUUUUGCUCAGGAGCCAGGCGAUUUCACAGGAUUCCAAAGAACAUUCAGAGAUCAGCUGUCAAGUGUCGUUAGGGGAGCAGUGAACCCCACCUAUCAAUGGUUUCAUAAUGGAUCAACUAUGAACCAGAAAACCGCGAUUGGUACCACAAAUACGAGAGUGAUGUUUUUUCAGACAAGCCUGGCAUCCCAGGGAAUCUACCAGUUAAUCGUAUCGUCAAAGAUGGGCAGGAUUUUUGGACGUGAAAUAAAGGUGGAAUUUAUAGGUAAGGUUCUCUAUAAUUGUCCUUAGGUAGUUGGGACACAAACCACGACAGCUUAUUGCAGAAUACUACCUACACUGGACCACCACGUUUGAUAUAAUUGUCCUUAGGUAGUUGGGACACAAACCACGACAGCUUAUUGCAGAAUACUACCUACACUGGACCACCACGUUUGAGAUAUCUUUUUCAGGUAUUUCAGACACAAACCACGACAGCUUAUUGUAGAACACUACCUACACUUGACCACCACGUUUGAGAUAUCUUUUUCAGGUAGUUCAGACACAAACCACGACAGCUUAUUGUAGAAUACUACCUACACUUGACCACCACGUUUGAGAUAUCUUUUUCAGGUAGUUCAGACACAAACCACGACAGCUUAUUGUAGAAUACUACCUACACUGGACCACCACGUUUGAGAUAUCUUUUCAGGUAGUUCAGACACAAACCAUCGCCUUCUUUUUCCUAGUGUUGGGCCAAUUUUUAGACAAAACUAAAACCACUCACAAUGUUGUGAUUGGCCAACAGUUGCAAAUAGAAUGCCCUGCACAUUCGUUCACAAAACACGCCGUGUAUAAAUGGGGAGGUACGGGCAGUGUAACAGGAACAUGGUUCCUCAAUGGACGAGCAAAUGUUUUGGUCCUUGGCGAUGGGCGAUUGUUCUUUUCGCACGUGACCAAAGACGUCGUGGACUUUAUUGAACAACAAGGAGGUAUUAGUUGUUUACUUGAAGUGACCGAUAAGGUGGACGUCAGAUUUGAACAGUCAGGAGUGUUCGAAUUAAAUGUGACAGGAGGUACGUUGGUUUUUUAAAUUUCUCUCACUGAUAACUGAAGGUCAGGGGCGUGGGUCUAACCUCAUCUGCAAAGAGGGCUGCAAGGUUUUCCAUGGGGUGGUACAUGGUACUGGCUACCCACCUCUGCAGUCUGCAACACUAGUAUCCCAACAUUACCAUUACUUGAGAUGACCGAAUCUGCAUGUUCGCCGUUCUGUUACGUUUUAAAUUCUCGUUUAUUCAUAAAGUUUAUAUCAGCUUUUUAUCAUAUACGUGUGACUGGGAAGUUGCUGCAACACAGUGCAGUAUAUUUGAAAAUAUGACUGGAUAACAACCUCCACAUAUGCUUGUGAUGUUACACUGAGUGUGUAUCCACACCGGGCAGGCUUGAAAAAUAUGCCUGGCCACGGUGGGAAUCGAACCUACGACCUUUGGAAUACUAGCCCAAUGCUCUGCCAACUGAGCUACGUGGUCAGGUCGGUUCGAGUAUGUGAUAUUUCGGAACUGAGUCUAGUUCCUUCGAUAUUAUAGUGUAAUCUAAUUAUCAUGAUACUUGUUGUGUUGGUGUAAUGUACUCAGGUGAAUAAGAUGCUUGUGAUGUUACUCUGAGUGUAUAUCCACACCGGGCAGGCUUGAAAAAUAUGCCUGGCCACGGUGGGAAUCGAAAGGUCGUAGGUUCGAUUCCCACCGUGGCCAGGCAUAUUUUUCCAGCCUGCCCGGUGUGGAUAUACACUCAGAGUAACAUCACAAGCAUCUUAUUCAUCUGAAUACACUACACCAACACAACAAGUAACCUCCACAUAUUCACGUAUUUAACCACGACAAUUAACUAAUUAAAAAGCACUAGAGCAUUUUCUCGUGAGCUCAAAAAACAAUUAAAUCGUUUCAAGAAAUCGACACGCGCUAACAGUAGAACCAGCGGUAAUCACUAUUCGAAAAGCAGAAAAUGUAUGGCCAAGCAGAUUUUUCAGGGCGGUGCUGGACAUCUCCAGGGGGUGCUCGAAAUCAAUAAGUUGGGUGCAAACCCCCUAUGCAAACCCGCGGUAGAUCCACUUGCUGCAGGGUUGAUCAUGCCUAUCGCCAGUACGGGAUAGCGCUUAUUAGAUCUUAGAAGAAGAAAAACAAAUUGGCUAGAAGCUAAUAUUGCUGUAUAUCAUUAUUUUUGUCAGAUGAAACAAAAUCGUUCGGUCCGAAUAUGGAAAAAGUUCCUGACGAGGAAGUUGUGGAAGGAAGCUCCAUGUUGCUAAGAUGUAUUGCGGCAGGAUAGUAAGUAUUGUUUAAUUUAGACGCAUGUCAGAGAAGCACUUCCAGUUUUACUAUCAAAUAAUGCACGUUUUCUCGUCGUAAAUAAUAAAGAUACCUCUAGACCUUUAGCGAGAAUAGUUUAGAACUGAUAGAGCUAUCCAGUAUAAAUAAAGUUAGCUUAGUUUAGGUUUCCUCCUGCAGUAACACUGGAUCAAUAAGAGAUGACUCUUAAUGGACAUCUAGAGAGAACAGUUUAGACCUGAUAGAGCUAUCCAGUAUAAAUAAAGUUAGCUUAGUUUAGGUUUCCUCCUGCAGUAACACUGGAUCAAUAAGAGAUGAUUCUUACUGGACAUCUAGAGAGAACAGUUUAGAACUGAUAGAGCUAUCCAGUAUAAAAAACGUUAUAGUUUAGUUUCGGUUUCUUCCUGUAGUAACACUGGAUCAAUAAGAGAUGAUCCUUACUGGACCUCUAGGAAGAACAGUUUAAAACUGAUAGAGCUAUCCAGUAUAAAUAAAGUUAGUUUAGUUUAGGUUUCCUCCUGCAGGAACACUGGAUCAAUACGAGAUGACUCUUACUGGACCUCUAGGUAGAACAGUUUAGAACUGAUAGAGCUGUCCAGUAUAAAUAAAGUUAGUUUAGUUUAUGUUUCCUCCUGUAGUAACACUGGAUCAAUAAAAGAUGAUCCUUACUACACCUCUAAUGAGAACAAUCUGGCACUGGAUCAAAAUUAAUUCACCUCAUUUUAAGUACUGAUUUAUUCGUAUGAGAUCCAAUUCGAAACUGGGCUAGAUUUCAAGUCCUCGCAUUUUGAUCCAGAUUGCGCAGAUUUGAAAUCUAGUCCAGUCCUAUACAUGCAGUCAGAUUUGAAAUAUGACUUCUAGAACUAAUAGAGCCAGCCAUUGCACUCAGUCUUAAUACAACAUUUUGCUUCUAUUUCUAUCAGUCCAACACCGACAUAUCGAUGGAAGAAAACAGACCUACUGGGAGUAACAAGCAAUGUGUUUGAUAAGGUGAACGGCGUGCUAUUGUCAGAAACUAAUAAGGUUUUAUAUAUUAAAAAAAUCGAGAAAAACCGACAUGCCGGGACGUAUACAUGUCACGCUACCAUUGAUGAUGGCGGAGCUCAGAAAACGGCAAAGGAAAGCAGCACGGUAACCAUAAGAGGUAGGAGAAUAUGAAGGCUUAGGUAGCCUAUACACGCAAAAAUCUCACAUCUUGUAGCAUGUCUGCCAAUAAGCCGUCAACAACUUGUGUUCACACUGCUUGUCCCAAGUUGUCAACAUGUAUGGAACAAGCUGUUGACAACUUGUAACAACCUUGUUGAUAAUAUCAGACUUGUUGCAAGAUUGUUCUAACAAGUCCAUUACAGUUAUGAUAUCACAAUAUUGUUACAACCUUGUAACAUUCUUGUUAUAUCAUGACUGUAUCAGACUUGUUAGAACAACCUUCAGUUAUGAUAUCACAAUAUUGUUACAACCUUGUAACAUUCUUGUUAUAUCAUGACUGUAUCAGACUUGUUAGAACAACCUUCAGUUGUAACAUUCUUGUUGUUUCAUGACUGUAUCAGACUUGUUAGAACAACCUUGUAACAUUCUUGUUGUAUCAUGACUGUAUCAGACUUGUUAGAACAACCUUGUAACAUUCUUGUUAUAUCAUGACUGUAUCAGACUUGUUAGAACAACCUUGUAACAUUCUUGUUAUAUCAUGACUGUAUCAGACUUGUUAAAACAACCUUGUAACAUUCUUGUUAUAUCAUGACUGUAUCAGACUUGUUAGAACAACCUUGUAACAUUCUUGUUAUAUCAUGACUGUAUCAGACUUGUUAGAACAACCUUGUAACAUUCUUGUUAUAUCAUGACUGCAUCAGACUUGUUAGAACAACCUUGUAACAUUCUUGUUAUAUCAUGACUGUAUCAGACUUGUUAGAACAACCUUGUAACAUUCUUGUUAUAUCAUGACUGUAUCAGACUUGUUAGAACAACCUUUUAACAAGUUUAAUAAUGCCAACAAGCUUGUUACAGGUUUAAUAAUGCCAACAAGCUUGUUACAGGUUGUUAACAGUUGUGACAAGCUUGUUGAUAUUAUCAGACUUGUUACAAGGUUGUUCCAAUAAGUCCGAUACAGUCAUGAUAUGCUCUUAUUAGCAUGCUACAUAAAUGGAACUGUGACACCGAUGGUAAUAGUGCAACAGUGAGGAUCGUAUUGUUCGACUUCAAAAAGGCCUUCGAUCUGAUCGAUCAUGAUAUUUUAAUUCAGAAACUAGUGUCGUACGAAAUUCCAAAUAAUGUUGUCAAUUGGAUAAUAGAUUUCUUGUUGAACCGCAAACAAAGAGUUAAACUCUGCCAAGAUUGUGUUUCGGAGUGGGGCUUGGUCCCCGCGGGUGUACCGCAAGGAACAAAAUUGGGCCCAUGGCUGUUUUUAGUCAUGAUUAACGAUUUAAAUGUCUCUAAUGAUGUGAUGUGGAAAUAUGUGGACGACUCAAACAUCUCCGAAACUGUUAAAAAAGACGAAGUAAGUCAUAUCCAAUCAACCGUAGAUGAGUUCGUACGCAAGUCCAAAACCGAAAAGUUCGUGCUGAAUGAGCGCAAAUGUAAAGAAAUGAGAAUUAGUUUUACGAAAUCGGAAAAAGUCUUUCCACCCGUUACGAUAAAUAACGCCCCCCUUGAAAUUGUCCCACAUGCCAAAAUUCUGGGCCUGAAUGUAUCCGACAACUUAAAAUGGAAUUAUCAUGUUAGCGAACUCGUUAAAAAAUCUUC